GCUGUUCUAAUCGAAGCAGAUUGACAGAUCAGAUAGCACACGGGCGGACUGCUGUAUAUAAGAGCAGCACGCUUUAGUCCAGGAGACUGGCUCGGAAUAAUUCUUCAAAUACAGCUCGGUUAAUUUUCCCUUUGCAGAUCAUUUAAUACUAGCAGCUUCAAUGUGUAGGGGGCUCUCCUACCUGCCUUCCUCAUGUCUGGAGAAGGCAAAAGAGAUGCGGGUGAAGCUAAGCCACCUGGCUGAGACCCACCACAAGAACAAGACUCAGGACGGAAGAAUUCUGCAAGACUUGGAAACUCUGCUGAACAGCAAAAGUGGUUUGCAGGCCUUUCGGGCGUUCCUGCGCUCCGAGUUCAGUGAGGAGAACCUUCAGUUCUGGCUGGCUUGCGAGGAUUACAGGGUUUCCCCUUCAAACCUGCAGAAGAACAAGGCCUGCAGCAUCUACAGCCAGUUUAUCAACCCUGACGCUCCACUGGAGGUAAACCUGGAUGCUGAGACCCGGGAGGCUCUGCUGAGUGUGAUGGACUCUCCAUGUCCCAACACAUUCAACAAAGCACAGCAGAGGAUCUACAGUCUGAUGGCCAAGGACUCCUUCCCUCGUUUCCUGCGCUCACAUCACUGCAUGGAGGCCGUUAAGGCUUUUUAAACAUGCUCAGAUUAGUACUAGACCUGCUUUAGAAAUAAGUGCUGGUGAAUCUGUACUGCUUCAAUUGUUGAUUGUAUUUUAGCAAUUAAUCUAACAUAUAUGAUCAUGUUAACCAUAAGGUAGUGCUGUCCUUAUAUGCACAGUAUACUAUCAGUAAGCUUUAAGUCUGACGUUGUAACCUCAUAAUUAUCAAACUUAAAUGUAGAUGUUGCACCUCUGCAUGGCUACAAAUUAAAUCCAGCAAAAGGAUUUAAAUAAAUACCUCAUAACAGAGAACUC